CCAAGUGGAGGAUGAGGGUCAGUAAUGGGACUCCGGAAGUUGACCCUUUUAAAUGUCGUCAUAUCCGGCGGCAUUACGCGCGUUCUUGUGAGGCAGAGGCAAUCAUGGCAGACGAGAAGCCAAAGGAGAGUGUGAAAACAGAGAAUGACCACAUAAAUCUGAAAGUAGCUGGGCAGGAUGGCUCAGUGGUUCAGUUCAAAAUCAAGCGGCACACACCCCUCAACAAACUGAUGAAAGCAUAUUGUGAGAGACAGGGGCUAACAAUGCGUCAGAUUCGGUUCCGGUUUGAUGGGCAGCCAAUUAAUGAGACUGACACACCAGCUCAGUUGGAAAUGGAGGAUGAGGAUACAAUUGAUGUAUUUCAGCAACAGACUGGGGGCCUGAUGUAAAUAACUACCUCUGCCCUCCAUUACCAUUGUCCUCCUCUCUGUGCCCUGCAUUUUUUUUUUUUUUUUUUUUUUUUAAAUAUAGGCUGACCUCCCUCCAUCUUUCCAAAACAUGCCCACUAAAAUGCACAUCAGCAGAUGAAUGGCAUUUUUAAAAUAUAUUUGUGUAAACGCAUUGAUAUAUUUCAUCAGAUGUGGAUUCCAAGGCUAAAAUGAUUUGAUCAGUCAUCAGAUCUGGUAUAUAGAAUUGUGGUCAGUGUCAGUUCUAAAGUACUGUUUUGUUUGCUUAGAGCCGUUGGACUUUUUAUAUAUAUUUUAUAUAUGUUGAUGUAUUUCUCUUUUGUACUCAGGCUAAUUUUAUUCAGUGAUUGUUGUGAAUUGAAAUGUUGAUAAGAUUUUGUGUUGGAAUAAAACAGUUUUACAAAACCA